AUGUUGCGCCUACGCGGCAGCCCCAAGAGUGGUGCCGCCGCCUCUGCCCCGCGCCCCGCGCCCCGUGCGAACUCCCGCUGUGGUGGCUGCGGCAGGCCGAGGGACGCCACCGGCCAGACCAGGCAGGAGUGCGCUGCCGCGGAGCGGGGCAGGGCUGGAGAUGGCGCCUUUUGUCCCCGGAAGCCCUUGGAAGUGUGCGGCGGGCGCGCAGACGCGGCGGGCAGCCCCGACGUGGAGGAGCCACACCGCCGGGCCCGCCCGGGCCUGCUGCUGGCGCUGGCGGCCACGCUCCUGACUGCGGGCUCAGCUAGCGAGUACAACUACGUAGGCUUCCAGUCGGGCUUCUACGCCAAGUCGCCGCAGUGCAUGGACAUCCCUGCGGACCUGCGGCUGUGCCACAACGUGGGCUGCAAGAGGAUGGUGCCGCCCAGCCUGCUGGAGCACGAGACCAUGGCCGAGGCGAAGCAGCAGGCCAGCAGCUGGGUGUCCCUGCUCAACAGGAACCGCCGCAUGGGCACGCAGGUCUUCCUCUGCUCGCUCUUCUCGCCUGUGCGCCUCCACCGGCCCAUCUACCCGUGCCGCUGGCUCUGCGAGGCCGUGAGUGACUCGUGGGAGCCCGUCAUGCAGUUCUUCGGCUUCUACUGGCCCGAGAUGCUCAAGUGUGACAAGUUCCCCAAGAGGGACGUCUGCAUCACCAUGACUGCGCCCAAUGCCACCAAAGCCUGA